GGGCACCGGGACUGGCACCGCCGUGAGCCCCGGCGGCGAGCCAGAGCCGCCCGGCUGAGCCUCCACCCCAGGGCCCGCGGUUGGGGCCUCCCUGGAGCCCCCGGCCCACGCCUUGAGGCUCCUGUGAUCUGUGGGAGCCGUGAGGGGAACAAUGGCCGCUCCUGAGGGAGUCCACCACCUCCCGGGCCUGGCUGGGCACAGGGUGCCGGUGCCACGGGCCUGCCGGCGGUGAUGGAUCGCCCAGAACAAGGCUCGGGCAGUGAUGGGCUGAGUGUGAGGAGUGCUGGUCCCUAAACGGCGUUAGAACUGUCCCAGAAGGGUGCUGGCCCAAGGCAUGGCGCUGUUUUCCUGGUGGUGGCGUUAUAUUUUAGAAUUGGAGCAUCACGGAUUUGUUUGGGCUAGAGGAGACCUUGAAGAUCACCUCAUUCCAUCCCCUGCCAUGGGCAGGGACACCUUCCACUGUCCCAGGCUGCUCCAAGCUCCAAUGUCCAACCUGCCCGUGGGCACUGCCAGGGGUGAAGCAGAACCUGUGCCAGGGCCUCACCACCCUCGUGGGGAAGAACUUUUCCCUGAUAAAAGUUACUUUGUUCUUCACCCUGUCAUACAUCACCAACCUUUCGUUGCUGUUUGGAAACAUAAGCUGUGAAUCUGAGCAUCACCUUUCCAAUGUGCCAUCCUGAGGGAGAAGGGGUGAAUUCCUCACCUUUGGGGUGUUCUCCCUGGGUGUUAACACUGAUGGGAUUUACUAACACGUAGCAAAAAGGCUCGUUGUGCUAGCUAAAUUAAUUCCUAAACUGCUGCUUGAGCUGUUGCCCUGUUUAGAGAAAAAGUUCACCAGGUUUGGUUCUGUGUGAAUUGCCCAUGGGUUCACAGGAUUCUCAGAAAAAGGACCUGGAUGUGGCCCUGGCUCUGGCUCUGGCUGUGACCGUGGCCCUGGCUCUGGCUCUGGCCGUGUCCUCGGGCACUCUGAGCUCAGCCCAUGUGAGCUGGACUCCGUUUGGCUCCUGCCACAGCCCAGAUAAGGAGCUGCUCCCUGCUCACGCCUCUUGCCCUUUUUAUCUCUGGCUGAGCUCUCACUGCUGGCCCCCACAGCUCUUCUGCUGCUGGUGUGAGGGCACGGGGACAGUCCCACAGGGCAGAGGAGGCAGAGGAGUCUCUGCUGUGCUGCUCUCCAUGUAGCCCAGUGCACGAUGCCUUCCCAGUCCGACUCCCUCAGCAUCCGCUGCGGCUUCCGCUGCAGCGUGGCCGGGCUGAACCUCCUGCUGCAGGCUCUGCUCCUCAUCCGCUCUUUCUUUGGCUUCCCAGAUGUCAGUGACAACUACAACUACUCCUUAUCCUUUUCCAGUGUCUCAGCCAGGUUCUCAUCCGUCUCCUACCCAGAAUUUCAAGAUGUCAACCACAUGGUGAUUUUUGGAUUUGGCUUCUUCCUGAUGGUUCUGAGAAGAUAUGGCUUUAGCAGCACCGGGUUCAACUUCUUGCUCGUUGUUCUUGGUGUCCAGUUCUCUGUGCUGGCAGAAGAUUUCUUAGUUUUCCUUAGGGGAGAGCAAAGUCAAGUUGGUUUGGAAAGUCUAGCAAGGGCUCUUGUGAGCGUGACUGCUGUGGUCAUCUCCACUGGGGCUGUCCUGGGCAAGGCCAAUCCUGUGCAGUUAAUUGUGAUGACCCUGAUGGAAUUAAUCUUCUUCUACAUGAGCAGAUGGAUCAACAAGAAAUUUCUGGAGGUCCCAGAGCACCUCUCUGUGAUGCACGUGUUCCUCUUUGGAGCCUACUUUGGUCUGGCACUCGCCUCCCGCUUCCCUGAGGCUCCCCCAGGGCUGGACAAGAACAGGAGCACGCCAAGGUCCGAGCUGUUCUCAGUGCUGGGCACUGUGUUUGUCUGGGUGUUCUGGCCAAGCUUCAACUCCAUCCUGGCUGGGUCCAAGAAAGUGGAAACAGUGCUCAGCACUUACUUGGCCCUCACAGUGAGUGCUGUGGCUGCCUUCAUGUUGUCUGCUCUGACCUCCAAGGAUGGCAAAUUCAGAAUGGCUGACAUCCGCAGUGCAGUCCUGGCUGGAGGGGUCACCAUCAGUUACACAGCAGAGCUCAUAAAGCACCCUUGGAUUGCCAUGAUUCUGGGGCUGCUGGGCAGUGUCAUCUCCAUCCUGGCAUCUCACUGUGUGCAGAGGUGCUUUAAUCCUGCCUUGAAGCUGCAGGAUACUUCUGGAGUUCAUUUCACUUUUGGUUUGCCUGCUGUGCUUGGAGCUGUGGCCGCUGUUGUUCUCAAAGUUGUAGAGAGGGGCACUGAGACACAAUGGAAUGAAUUAUCCAGACUGGGUUAUGAUGCCUUUGUUAAUAUUGGUGCCUUCUGCCAGACCAUCAGCACUGCCUUGAUAACAGGUUUGGUUACAGGUUUGAUCUUAAACAUCAAACUGCUGAAAGCUGUGCACGUCUCCAAGUACUUUGAUGACCAGUCUUACUGGGAGUUUCCCCACUUGUCUGUUGGAUUUUGAGUGGAGGAUCCCAGCUGACAGACAGGACCAAGAUAAGAUUUUCCUCUUUAUCACCAGAAAAACUGAACAGCUGUGAUGGGUUCAGAGAGCACUGAAAUACCAAUUCUCAGGCCCACAAAAGCCACCCCAAUGCACACUCAUAAACUAAACUGUUCCAGUUAUUCUUGAGAGAUAGAGUGUGAAUUCACAGAUGUAAACUUCAGGUGCAUGCAGCUUUUCUGCUUUGUUGUUCUUACCUUAAAUCAUUUUUAGAAGAUAUGUACAAAAAAGUUGUCUGCAUUCAUGGCUUAUCUCUCCAAAUGCUUGGAAACAUUAAACUAUUUUUAGCUCUUGAGUUUACAAGGCAAAAUGAUGGAUCUGAAAGUGUCAUUUCUCAAGGAGCACUUCUUAUCUAGGAAAGCACUCAAGUUUUUGAGCUGAAUUGAUUCUGCUGAAGGCCUUGACAAGCCAGGGCUGGAUGAGUGAGCUGGAGCAGGGCCAGAACUCUGCAUCCUGCCUGACUGAACUCCUGGAAAGAUCUGGAUGUUGGGAGGCUCUGAUGGCCAAAGUUCAGGUGUGGGUGGUGUUCCUGAACCCCCUGGGGUUUGCUGCCAAGUGUAAAACACAGACAGAGCCCAGGGCAGUGUCUGGGGGGCACAGCCCAGGGAUGUGCCCCCAUUCUGGGGUGCAGGACUUUGGGCACACAGCAUUCUCUGCCAGUGAGCCCUGGUUUCCAGUGGAUUGUGGUCCUCAGUGUUUGUUUCUUCCAGAAAUAGCUGACACAGAAAACCUUCCAGCAGUGCUUACCUAAUAAAGAGUGAGAACUGAACCGUGGCUGUUUCCCUUCCUUCAGCACCCUGUGAGCAGUGAGAGAGGGAGCUCGUGACAGGCUGAGCCCUUUGAUGAGGCUCCCUGGCCUCAUCCACUCCCUGAUGGAUCAGCAGAUCCCUGCAGCUCCCCAGGAAUGCAGCCUUGCAGAGGAAGGGCCAGUUUUCCUUGUUCCCAGCUCCCAAAGAGCCAGCAGGAGUGCAGCAGCUGCCCAAACCUUCUACACACAACUGUGAGUUGUUACUGCCCAGACACUUCCUCUUUAUCACAGGAUAAAGGAAAUAUUCAGGGAUGGGGGGAAAAGAAAAAUCCCAAACCACCACAGUUCUGAAUGACACAAGAGAAGCCACAGAGCAGCAAGUUUUGAAAUUGAAGAAAUGGUUAUAUUGCCCAGAUAUAGGAAAUAUUUAAUAAAUAUCUGUUAAAAGGUUGUUUAAAUGCAUUUUUAAUAAGUCUUGGAGUGUAAAUAACAUCAUAGAAAGAGCUGGUUAAAUACAUCCAUAUUCCACUCUCCUUUCAUUUGUAACAAACAUCAUUUUAGAAAAGUGACUCCACUGUUGUUUGUAGCAAUUUUACAUUUCUCAAAAACACCACAACACUGAAGUGGAUGUACAAGAGUAAAAAAAAUAACCAGAAUAGAGCUGGAUUUAGUGCUUUCAGCUUUCCUUGAUUCCUCUUCAGACACGAUGGAAGGUUUACAAAAUGGUUUUACAAAACUUCUGGGGGUGCAGUUGAAGGCCAGGCCACUCCAGGGGGGUUCACUGCCACAGAUCCUCUGUGCGACCAAACUUGAACACCAGGCCCC